AUGGGUCCCGCUGCGCGUUACCGACCCAUGUCUCCCAGCGGAUCGCGUAUGAUCGAUCCUAUGCGGGCCUCCACUGGCACCGUGCAGCUCAGUGCUUCCUACGAUCCUUACCACUCUGCCGGCCGUCCGCCAUACCCGGGUUACCAUGCCGAUGUCAACUACGCUUCUUCCUACGAACCUCGCCUGGUGCGAGAACCCCGACUGGAAGCACAACCCAUCUCUUCCACAACAUACCGAGACCCCGGCCAUUCGACCAAGUUGAGGACCGAGUACGCCAUCCGACCGCGAGUGCGGAGCAGCACCAUGUCUGCGGUGGAUCCUCGCUAUUCCUCCGGCCGGUAUGACACACCUGCAUCGCCCUUGUCCCGGGCCUCCCCCGUCAUUAUCCCUGGUCACCAGCGAACCCCUAGCCCGCGUCGAGACCAUGACCGUUACGUUGUACCGGCCUCUUCGCCCCGACACCACCGGCGGCAUCAUCUCUCCCACAUUGAUUAUGCCAGCGAUACUGGGCACUUGGACCCACAUGAGGGAGCAAGGCAACGAGUGCCUCAUGGUGGAUAUCCGGUGUACGAGCAUAGCCCUCGUUUGCGGUAUCCCCCCACUGGCGGUCUCCGGAAAGGCGAAGAUAUCGACGACUAUGAUGCUUAUUCUUAUACCAAUGCAUCGGAGCAGAUGGAAAAAGACUCAAUUGCCAGGCUGCGCUAUGAGCGAGGAGCUUAUCCAAGGAAUAGACCACUUAGUCUGACUGGCCUUGAUGACCCUCACUUGCUGCCUCGCAAGGAGUCACGGGCUGUCGGGCCUCCUCCGUCUCAGAGAGGCUUUGACAAAUUGGACCAAGGCGGUCGUGUGCGGCGUUCCACACACGGCUCCGCUGACAGUGAUGUAGAUCUGUCGAGUGCGCGGCGGCGGUCCUGGCAGAGGGCCCCCGUAUCCUUGCACCAAGAUGUCGAUGAAGGUUACUCUUCUUAUAGGGAUGAGUACGACCAUGGUCCCCAUCGCCGACACCGGCGACAUGAUGACGAUGCGAGUAGCCGGCACUCCUAUGACGAUCGUGCUUCAAGGCGAACUUCUGCUAAGAGCGCUGUCGCAGCUUCGGGGUCGAGCACCGGCCUAGGAACCGCAGUGCUCGCGAGUGGUUACUCGGACGACUUUGACUAUGAUCUCUCACCCCGGCCCGACCGUCAUCGCUCCCGGGACCGGAGCGCUCGGGAUCUGGAGUAUAGAAGGCAUCACAGUCGAUCGCGCAGACCUUCUAGACGUCGCUCAGGGAGCGAGUCUGAUGAGCAUACCUCGGAUGAAGACCUGAAGAAAUACCGGCGCGAGCCAUCGGCGCAUAGGAGGCCUGAUGGCUCGGAUGUGUCAGCCAGUGGCAGCGAGCGACCGUCUCAUUAUUUGACAGUCGAUCGCGCCCAUCGCCAGCGGUCUCACUCUCGUCACCGAAGCGAAGAUUUGCCGCGUCACAAAGAAGCAGAUGUCGGCCGCCCAGACGAGCUCCAAAAGUCUGAGCAGGCCACGUCGAAAGAUCAGGAUCCACCUGCGCCCAAAGGAAUCCUGAAGCGUCCCCGUGAGAAGUUCCCGGAGGAGCCCAAUCCCGUACGAGAAGGCGUGGCUCCAUUGAAAGAUGCGCACAAGAAGGGCAUCCCUCCUGGGGCCCGGUGGACGAAGAUUGACCGACGGCUUGUGAACCCCGCUGCCUUGGAGCUUGGUCGAGAGCGGUAUGAGGAGCGAGCGGAGUAUGUGAUCGUGUUACGAGUCUUGACCAAGGAGGAAAUCCAAGCGUAUGCGGUCAAGACGCAGGAAAUUCGAGAUGCUCGCCGGCAAGAGGUCAUGAAGGAGCGCCGUCGACGUCGGGAGGAGGACCGUCGCCACGGGCGUAGAGUGGAUAGUUCCUCGAGUGAUGAUGAAGACGAGGAUGACGAGGCUGCGACUCCUCUUGCCAUCGAGGGUGCGCCUGACACGAAAUCGGGGUCCAAGACCUCGACUGAACCCGUUAAAGCAGCAGUAUGA